UCAGUCCUAAUUAUACUGGCGAUCUGGGCCGGGUGGAGAACGCGUCGGGCUCCUGGCAGAGGGAAGGACAGCGCUCCCGGUCGGUCACAGUCAUCCUGGGGCCUGAGGUGAGAGCCCCCUGAAGGUCCCACGUCUGUGCCAGCCCACAGGUGCCAGCGCGCUGCAGGCUUCGGGGAGCUGGAAGACACCUGGAGGAGCCGCCGCCCGGGUGUGCCGUCUGAGAUGGGCCCCGUCUUCUGGGGCUGCCUGCUCCUGUGGAGUCUCUGCAUGACACCCACCCAGGCCACCUAUGCUGGGAUCAAGGCGAGGGUCACUCAGCGGGCGCUGGACUUCGGUGUUCAAGCGGGGAUGGAGAUGAUGGAACAAAUAGUUAAAGAGAAGAACAUCCCAGACUUAAAAGGCUCCGAGACUGUUGAAUUUCUGAAGAUUGAUUAUGCCAACUACAAUUUUUCAAACAUAAAAAUCCAUGCCUUUUCGUUCCCCAACACUUCACUGGCCUUCGUGCCCGGGGUGGGCAUCCGAGCACUGACCAACCACGGCACGGCCAACGUCAGCGCGGACUGGGAGGUCAGGACUCCGCUCUUCCACGACAGGGGCGGAGCCAACCUCCUCCUGUCGGGAGUCUACUUCACUGGAGUCAUCCUCCCGACCCGCCUCGCCUUUGGCCACCCGGCUCUGGGACUCCAGGACUGCCACGCCCAAGUGAGCCAUGCCCACGUCUCCUUCGUGGGGGAGCUGAGUGCCCUGUACAACACCUUCUCAGACCCCUUGGAGAAGCUCAUUUUAAAGAACUUAAACGCAAUGCUCUGUCCCAUCAUCUCAGGCGAGGUGGAAGCGCUGAAUGCCAACCUCAGCUCCCUGGAGGUUUUAACCAAGAUCGACAACUUCACGCUGCUGGACUGCUCCCUAACCAGUCCUCCAGAGAUUACCGAGCAGUACCUUGACCUGAAUCUGAAGGGCGUGUUCCUCCCGCUGGACGACCUCGCCGACCCACCGUUGUCUCCCGAGCCUUUCGAGCUGCCCGAGCGCCUGGACUCCAUGCUGUACAUCGGCGUCUCCAAGUCCGUCCUCCAGUCGGCGUCCUUGGCGCACUUCACCGCCGGUGCUUUCAGCGUCACGCUGUCCACCAGGGAGAUCUCCGAGCACUUCCUCCUGAACUCCCAAGGCAUCGGCAGCGUGCUCUCCCGGAUCGCAGAUCUCUACAUCCUGUCGCAGCCCCUCGUGCUGCGGAUCAUGGCCACGGAGCCGCCGGUCGUCCACCUGCAGCCGGGCAACUUCACGCUGGACAUCCCCGCCUCCGUCGUGGUGCUCACACAGCGGAGGAACGCCACGGAGGUGGAGCCCAUCGUCUCCAUGGACUUCGUCGCCAGCACCAGCGUCGGCCUGGCCAUUCUGGGACAAAGGCUGGUCUGCUCCCUGUCUCUGAACAGGUUCCGCCUGUCCCUGCCGGAGUCCAAUCGCAGCGACAUUAAGGUCUUGAGGUUUGAGAACAUCCUGUCCUCCAUUCUGCACUUUGGCGUCCUCCCUCUGGCCAAUAAAAAAUUGCAGCAAGGAUUUCCCCUGCCCAGGCCAUACAAUGUCUCAUUGGUCAAUUCGGAUAUUGAGGUUCUUGAGGGUUUCAUUUUGAUUUCCACCGACCUGAAGUAUGAAAUGUCUUCAAAACAGCAGCCAACUUUCCAUGGCUGGGGAGAUGUGAACUGGAUAAGGAGACCGGGUUCGGGGCAGCCAGCCCCUUGAUGCCUGUUCACAUCCAAACCAGGAAGGAACUGGCCGGAAUCCCACAGCGCCUGGCCAUGGCGAGGGGAAGUCAGCGCACAGUGGAAUUCGAAAGCCCUUCUGAACUGUGUAGGCAGCAAAUUUGCUCUCUGGAGCCUCUGGGAACCUAGAGUAGGGCCACCUGGGCUGAAGGCUGAGCGGGCAUCCGCGAGCUGUGUGUGUAUAUGGAGGGUCAUGAAUUGUAAUGUGUGUGUAGAUGCCGUGUGCCUGUGUUUAUAAGAUUCUGGGGACAAGAACUUGGCAUGUAUUUCUCACCAGGUGGGUGAAAACUCUUAAAUCUGUAUUUAUAUUGCUACUCUUCUUUAGAGAUUUUCUCUACCUGCAUACUGGAUUUUACAUUUUAUAUUCACUGUUACUGUCCCCUAUGUGUGAUUAAAAUCAUUUUCUACCCAUGUCGGAUUGGCUUUUUGAG